GUAACGCAGAUGCAUUGGCAUCGGUCUAACGACUCGGCAUGAACCACUCCUACCUUGUCCAUGACCUUGGCUCAGAGAGCUCUCCAAAGCGGCGGCGGAAGGAGUCUCUGCCCUCGAGCCUCUGUCUUCCAGAACGACUACCCACGACGAGUUGCAGGUUUCUUGGAAAGAGAAGCAGAGAUAGAAGCACCCAAAGCUAUUCUACGCCAAUUGCGACGCAGUCCUUCGCCAUCACCACCCACCUCGCCUGUAGUUGAGACACCCGAAGACGAAUCUCCGAGCCCCAGACACCAGAGGACCAUGAGUCAAGGCUCUGUCUCGUCCGCUGCAUCGUCUUUGCGGCGUUUGAGUUCCUCUUUCAUGCGCAAGCAGGAUGGGAGGGUGCCCACGUCGUGGAAGGAUCCUCAGCCUUUCGAGAUACUUCGUGCUGUUGAGCAGAAAGACAUCCUCUACUUGAUGGAGCUGUUGGUUCGAAUGAGCGGCGGAAUCACACCGCUAUUGCACGCCAUGCGACUGGGUCCUUCACAUCGGGAGGUGGCUAUCAUAUUGCUUGGCGCGUUCUCACGCUGGAUCAAUCACCUCGAGGACGAGGAAAUGCACAACCCACGGACGAAAGUGAUCCUCAAAGCCCUGCGUAGCCUCGCCAUCGACUACGGAUUGACCAAGACUCAAGGCAGCGAUCUAACUGCAUUGAUCAUGAGCCAGGGCGAUGUCUGGGUGCUGGGCCAGGCUGCGAAUGUCGCACUUGCUCUGCGUGCUGGGACCGAAGGCAAACCUGUUCAAACCGCAGACGCGGCCGUGCGCAAGUUUGUCAGUCGAGAGCUUGGCAAGGCUGACUUGAUCGCGACUCUGGCUGACUACAUUGCCAAUGCUACCGCAGAUCUUCUACUGAUGGGAGCCUGGUCCAUGGCUGCAGAGAGUCUCCAAGUCGAGCAAAUACCUACAUAUUACUUUGCGCGUGACGACCGGGUGUAUAAAGCAUUUGUUGAACGCUUGGAUGAGCAUAAGACUGCCCUCCAGACCAAACUGUCGAAACGAUUGAAAUGGCAGUUCAGAGUUCUGAGGGCAGGUCUGGAGGGGCAUAGCACAACAUAUAGGAAUAAGAUUGAACUGUUAUCCGGGGAACUUGACGAAGGCGACGGUGUAUGAAUUGCUGCUUGUAAAAGGUGCCCAGCUGGUCCGAAAUCACACCCAGUUCCUGCGGCGUAUCAUCAAGCAAAUAUUGAGCAUGUGUUUCUCUUUUUCUGCUUGUAAUAGGUGCCCGGUUGGGUCAAGAUCACACCCAAUUCUGAGGCGUAUCAUCGAGCAGACAUUUCGUUCUAUUGCUUUCUGUAUUCUCCUCGUUAAUGGAACAAAUUGAGAUCUUUCCACCACACGAAUGCCCCGACGCCCACCAGACUGAGG